AUGGGCUCUCGCGACGCCGCCAAGGUGGGCAAGACCCCCUCCGAGCUGCCGCCAGCGCUGUCAGGCCUCACCGCGGCGCUCAACGCCGCGCACGCGACCCGGCUAGCCUCGGACGCGCGCGCUGUCUCGUCUGCCUUCGCCCGUGCCGAGCACUUCUCGUUCGACCUACUCGAGCCAGACGACGCCGACGUGGAGUUGACGUUCGAGCAGCGCUACGAGCAAGAGUACCUCCACGCGGAGCACGACGGCGCCAGCGCGAAGUCGGCGGCGAGCUGCGCAGACGAGGCCGACUUCCACGUGCGUGAGUUCCUCCGCUUCCUGGCGCUCAAGUCCGUGCGCCCCGACGUGACCCCCUCGGUUGUUGUGGACAACGUCUUCCACCUCGCCCUCACGUACACCGUCGCGUACGCCCACCUCUGCGCGCUGGUCGGCGGCACCUUCAUCCACCACGACCCCACCCCCGGCGGCGACGCCGCAAACGCGCGCUACAUGCGGCAGUACGAGGACGCGCUCGAGCUCUACGCCCUCGCGUUCGGCGCCCCACCUCCGAGGAGCGUGUGGCCACCCGUCGCGGAGAGGAUGGACCCGCAACGAGACUAUGUCUCGUUGCCAAGGUCGCGGGUCCAGGAGCUCCGCGCCGCGGCGAUGAAGAGCAACAUUAUAGGGGGGGAUAUGUAUCCUUCGACACUCAUUUUUAAGUACAAUAAGAUUCGCUUGCGUGGUGGUGGGGAUUGCGAAGAUGAAGACGAGGACGACCUGGUUGGAUAUAUUAAGGACAUGCCACCCCGUCUUCGGCAAACCUUCCUUAAUGAUCAUCAACCUCGCAUUUCAGCACGUGAAGCCGACGAACUUUCUCCAAUGAUCGACAACGAUCGCUAUGAUCAUGAACAUUGCGACGAAAAUGAUUCUCUGCCCGAUGAGGCUCUUCAGGCAAUUAAAGACGUUGAUGCUAUGAAUUCCAACGCAUAA